UUGAAGCUCCGUUGUUGAUUCUUUUUUCGCUACUGGAUAAAAAAUAUAUACAGUUAUAACUCAAUUUUUUGAUAAAAUAAUUCGAUUAAUAACGCAAACAAUAAUAAACUUUGGUGAUUAAAUUAGUAAAGUGGCGAUGGUUUUGUAAACAGAAGAAGAAAUAAGGGAAAGCUUCGUCAAUGGCGGAUUCUGAUCCAGCCAGCUUCUUGACUCAGGCCAAUGCCAUACUUAGAAAAAACUUAACCUAUCAGGUUCGGCGUUCUCGCUUGCCCUAGUAUCCAUAAUAACAUAUACAUGCACAUAUAUAUGGGUUUAUUGUUUUCUUUCGCAGAAACGGAACGUAUGGAGCAACGUUCGGCUCAUCAUGAUCCCUUUCUAUCUCUGCUUGGUUUUAGUUGGUAUUCAAGCUCUGUUUGAUUCACAAGUCAGCAACUCACUCGAUAAUCAAUGUGGUUGUAAAUGCAUUCACAAAACCGGAGACGAAACAUGCCAAAUGGUCUGUGGUGUAGAAUACUCUACUCGUGAUCAAGCGGUCUUUUGUGCCAUCCCAAAUCCACAACCAUGGCCUCCUUUGAUUCUUAUUCCGCUUCCUCGGAAUCGUGUUGUUGACGCCAAUCUCACUAAUGUCUCGUGCAAGCAAAGAAACAAUUGCCCUGUAACCAUACUUUUCACUGGCAAUAAUCAAUCUCUUGGUGCAACUUUGUCUAGAAAUCUUUUCAGGAGGUCUUUUCCAAUGAACUACUCUGACCUCUUGUUUAGUUUAGCGGAUAAUGUGUUGGCUACAACAUAUAAAGGAAGUCCCACCAAUUAUCUUGAUGCAGGAAUUGUCUCAGAUCGUUUCAUAUACAACAUCCAAUCUCGGUGCACUCCAAACUCCAAAGUUUCAUUCUCACUAGGACAAUCACCUCUCAAUUUUACCAAAGAGAUGAGAUGCGUCCAAGGGCUGAACCUUUGGAUAAAUAGCUCCAGAGAGAUUAAUGAUGAUAUUUUCAAAGGUUAUCUGAAAGGAAAUUCUGAAGGGAUGAUAAAUGAGAUUGUUGCAGCAUAUGAUCUCUUGGACACAAAUAGGACUAACUUCAAUGUGAAUAUUUGGUAUAACGCAACGUACCAGGAUGAUUCAGGAAAUAUGCCUCCAAAGUUGCUCCGAGUUCCCCGCUUAGUUAGUUUGAUGUCAAAUGCUUAUCUUCAGUAUUUGAAAAGCCCAAGGACAAGGAUGUUGCUUGAGUUUGUCAAAGAAAUGCCUAAACCAGAAACUAAACUUCGUUUAGACAUUGCUUCUCUGAUUGGUGCAGUUUUCUUCACAUGGGUUAUUCUUCUUCUGUUCCCUGUGAUCUUGACCUCAUUGGUGUAUGAGAAGCAGCAGCGGCUAAGAAUUAUAAUGAAAAUGCACGGUCUAGGAGAUGGUCCGUAUUGGAUGAUUACCUACGCCUAUUUUCUCGCCAUUUCCACGUCAUACGUAAUAUGCCUGAUGAUAUUUGGGUCAGCAAUAGGGCUGAACUUCUUUAGGCUAAAUGACUACAGCAUCCAUUUUGUUUUCUAUUUUCUCUACAUAAAUCUUCAAAUCUCCCUUGCCUUUCUAGCUUCCUCAGCAUUUUCAAACGUUGAGACAGCAUCAGUUGUUGCAUACAUAUACGUGUUUGGAUCUGGAUUAUUGGGCUGGUUUCUCUUCCAGUUUCUGAUUGAAGAGUUAUCGUUUCCCAGACGCUGGAUUUUUGUCAUGGAGCUGUAUCCUGGCUUCUCUUUAUUUCGCGGGUUGUAUGAGUUCGCUCAGUAUGCUUUUCAGGGGAGCUUGACUAGGAGGCAAGGAAUGAAGUGGAAAGAUAUCAGUGAUAGUUCAAUGGAUAAAGUUUUCUACAUCAUUAUAGUUGAAUGGUUUUUCUCACUCAUUGCAGCAUACUAUAUCGAUAAGAUGUCUUCAUCAGGAAAAGACCUUUUGUUCUUCUUGAAAAACCCUUUCAAUAAAUAUCUUCUUCCACAAAGGCCUAGCUUGCAAAAGCAGGUCUCUGCAGUUUCCGUAGAAAUGGAGAAACUAGAUGUCACUCAGGAGAGUGAAAAAGUCCAGAAACUGAUGCGUGCGCAGAGGACAAGCCAUGCGAUUGUAUGCAACACAAUGAAGAAGGUGUAUCCAGGUAGGGAUGGAAACCCGCCAAAAAUGGCGGUCCGAGGAUUAUCUCUGGCUGUUCCUUCGGGAGAGUGCUUCGGUAUGUUAGGGCCCAAUGGUGCCGGAAAGACCUCAUUCAUCAACAUGAUGACUGGUCUUGUGAAACCAACAUCAGGGUCAGCGUUUGUUCAAGGUCUGGACAUAUGCACAGAUAUGGACAGAGUCUACACCAGCAUGGGUGUAUGUCCACAACACGACUUACUCUGGGAAACACUGUCAGGAAGGGAGCAUCUGUUCUUCUAUGGGAGACUUAAGAGUCUCAAAGACUCUAAACUUGACCAAGCUGUAGAAGAGUCUCUUAAGAGUGUAAACCUAUUGCACGGAGGAGUUGCUGACAAACCUGCUGGAAAAUACAGCGGAGGAAUGAAAAGACGGCUAAGUGUAGCCAUUUCACUUAUAGGGAGUCCUAAGGUGGUCUAUAUGGAUGAGCCGAGCACAGGACUUGAUCCUGCUUCAAGAAUGAACCUAUGGACAGUCAUCAAACGCGCAAAAACAAACACUGCGAUAAUCCUCACGACUCAUUCGAUGGAAGAGGCAGAGUUUCUCUGUGACCGUUUGGGAAUAUUUGUAGACGGAAGGUUACAAUGCAUAGGAAACCCAAAAGAGCUAAAGGGAAGGUAUGGUGGAUCUUAUGUGUUAACUAUGACAACAGCAUCAGAACAUGAGAAAGAUGUGGAGGUUUUGGUUCAAGAUGUUUCUCCAAACGCCAAGAAGAUAUAUAACAUUGCUGGGACACAGAAAUUUGAGAUCCCGAAAGAAGAAGUUCGGAUCUCAGAAGUGUUUCAGGCGGUGGAGAAGGCCAAGAGCACUCUCAAGGUGUUUGCUUGGGGACUUGCGGACACAACCCUUGAAGAUGUCUUCAUUAAGGUUGCUAGAAGUGGUCAGGCCUUUAAUGUCUUCUCUUGAAAUAUUCUUAACAUUAUCGUUAUUGUCUGCUCAAAGUGAACUAUUGUUCUCCUCUGCUAGAUUGACCACUACCAGCCUUCUUAUAUUCCAUUUAAAAUAGGUUUUAGUUUAGUAAAAUAAUUAUAAGACAUGAUACUCCUUACUUUUAUUUUCAAAUAUAUACUUUUAAAGUGAAAUGUAAAAUUAAUUCAAGUCAGAAACGUUUUUACAAUAGGCGCCUCACUGUUUUGUAAUAUAUCAACAUAUAUAACCAACUCGGCCAUAUCAACUUUUUGUUGUUAGCAUUUUCUCACUCCAUUCAACAAAGUUGUAUGUUGAUAUUCUUCUUGACGAAGGUUUAGGGAAAGGUGUAAAACAUCCUUUUAAGUUUUAACCCAAGUGAAAUCAAUUCCACCUCUAAAAUAACCCAUUUUUUAACGAUCAAAUCCAUCAGCUUUACUCUAAGCUGAUAAGAGAAUUCGAAACAUUGACUUUCACAAAAGGCAGAAGUUUGUUGGAAAAUACAUUAAAUAAAAACAAACAAACAAACAAAAAACACAUGCUCCCCUGAAUGUGGCUUGAACGAGUGACUGAGACAAAAGGACAAAUAGUAUAACAGAUAAGUUGACAGCGUUUCAAUCUAGUGGAGUGCUUCUUCCCAAGCUCCAAACACUUGAAAGAUAAAAAUAAGGAAUGUAACUUUUUUUUAAGGAAUGUAAAUAUAUAUUUAUGAAAUAUAACAUUCACCAGAACAAACAAAAGAGAAAGAGCAAAAUGCACGUGAACGAAGGACCAGUCGACACGUUACUCUCGUGCGUAUUGUGGAUCAAAUCCAUAUGCCCAUAUCUGAUUUGUGGAUCAAAUCCAUAUGCCCAUAUCUGAUCCUUCACCAACCAAAUCUAAAAUCGCUGCCUGUCACACGCGUUAGUCUGCGUCUUCGUUUUCUAGUUGAGAGUAUGCUUCCGCAAUUAGUCUUUCUUUGACAGUCACAGUAGGCAUGUGUUCUUAAUUAAAGCUUCUACUUGUUUACGAACCCUCAAAUGAUUUUCUCCUACCAUAUCUAUUUAUUAAUAUCAGAACUUUGAUAAAAAUUAACUGCCAUAGUACUGCUGGUUGUGAGAAAAAAUACGAACCUUGCAAUCCGAGAUGGUGUAAUGAUGAUACUAUAACUACGUACUAUUUAACAUGUACUAUACGUGUCUCUUUUGUUUUAGAUUUUAUAAAAUGUGUACUAUUUGUACUAUGUGUCUCCCCAAAGGAAUAAGCAGAUUGAAGAAAUGACUUUUUAUAAAUUUAAAAAUAUAUUGCUUCUCUCUGGGGGUGCGCUUUUGUACCUAUGACGUAUGAAAUGAUGUAUAAAUCGUCUAGAAAACUAAUUUCCCCGUACAAUAUUACUUUCUUAUAAUAAUAUAUGGUUUAAGAAGUAGAGAAUACCAAAAGCUUAUGCUCCUGAAUUAAACAACGUAAUGAAUAAAUUAUCCCCCCCCCCUCAAAAGAAAUACUCAAGUAGUGGAGUGUGCAU